AUGGCCCGUGGUGUCGCGAGACGUGUGCCGCAGCAAGAAGAUGAAGAGCUGUCUCCGCUUGCAGAUGAAGAUGACGAAGAGGAAUCCGACGUCGACAAGGUGAGACAGAUCUGCUGGGAGAAUGUGCAAUCUUUCAUUGAUCAAGCAAACAUAGGACAUAGGGCUGCAAGCAUGGCCAACGUGGAGCCAACUGCCAUGGCUGUCUCUAUUGUGGGGCCAAGUGCCAUGGAAGCUGACCAUGUGGGGCCAGGUGCCAAUGUGGAGCCAGCUGCCAUGGAGGCGGACCAUGUGCGGCCAGGUGCCGUGGCCAAUGUGGAGCCAGCUGCCACAGCUGACUCCGCUGUGGGGCCAAGUGCCAUGGAGUCUGACCAAAGGGGGCCAAGUGCCAGGACCAAUGUGGAGCUCAUGUCCUUUCCUGCUUCGAUUCUUUCACAAGUGUUUCGCGAGGUCGUCAUUGCCAGUCACACUGGAAUUGCAUGCUCGUGGGGGAAACUCAGUGACGGAAAGCUUUGA